ACACCCCCAUAGUAGUCGCUUGGCAGCCACCCUCUCUGUACGUAGCUCGCUUCGUAGGGCGCCGUCGUCGUCGUCAUCGUCGGACCAGCGGUUAACGGUCUCGCGCGGCACCGGGUCACUCAGUCGACACCGCGUCCCAUUCGCGUUCACCACGUCGCGUUGUGAUCCGUGCCGCGCCAUUAAUACGGUUGAACUACUGUCGCAAGCCAGCAUCUCGUGAUCAUUCGUCAAGAUACACCCGGUACUUUUGCUAACCAAGGUGAUUACUAACCACUUGGACGCCGGAAAAUCGCCCAAGGACACGACAUCGCUCAUCCCCUAAUCUCGAAGCUGUCAGUUCGCCGAAGUCGCCAAUCCGCGCGUCUCGUCUUUCGCGUUUGGACAUCAAUCCGAAAUGCUUGGCCGAGCGCGAAUCGCAAAGGGGAAAAUGUUCGGCGGUUAGACGGAGUUGAAGAGAGAUGCACCUAAAGUAUCCUAUUUUCGACUCUACGAGGUGACAAAUCGAGAAGAAAAGAUACAAAGAUGCCGGUCGGUGGACGAGUCGCUGGUAAAGUCGGGAUAUACAGCUCCCACUACAAUGGAAAAGGCUACAGUGGCAUAAAUGAGGAGAUCAUCUGGAUCAGCAUAGGUAUGGGGAUCACCAUAGCGAUCCUGAUCACCAUAGCGUUGUGCUACAUCGCCCGUGAAAAGUGUCGUAAGCGGCACGAAGGAUACUACACGUCCUGACGUAUGUUUCCGCCGCCUUCAUGGGCAUCCUGGUCUUUCAACCCGACGACACCAGGAAUACUAUUCAGUCCAACCUCGUCAAGAGGCAAGCCGCGGGCUUACUACAUCACCGUUUGAAUUCUUGUAUACUCUGUUACAGAGGAAAAACCUCUGGAAGUCAUACGAAAGUCAUAGAAUAUACGAAUAGAAAACGGAUGCAAAGUAUAAUGCUACAUUAAAUACAGUAUGAAAAUAGGUUUACAUGCAUCAAAAUUGGAAAUUUUCGUUUAUAUCUCCUCCUCUAAAAAAAAAAAAAAAAAACCAAUUAAAACAAAAAAAAAAUUUUUUUUUCAUAAUUAAAGUUUGAAAAUAUUUUAUAAUCGAGAUUAGAUGAAUCAAAAUUACAAAAUGGAGAAAGAAUAUAUCUCGCGCGCAUUAUAGAACUCUAGAGAAGGAGAUAUAUACUGAUUUAUAAAGGAAUAUCGGUUCUUCUUUGUGUGAAUGUAAUGUUUUAUCAUUCUGUUUUUAUCCUCUUUGCGGAAUACAUUCGGUAUCUCGUUCGCGCAAUGCACACUCAGCUGAUAUCGCGCGUUAUGGAAUUGCAGCCUGGUCUUUUCCUGAAAGAGAGGAUACAUUUCGUACCAUUACGUUCACUGGCAAGAAAUAAAGAUUUUCGAGAAAGGGGAAAAUUGUCGUUGUUGAAAGACUUAAAAGUUUAAUGAAUGCUUCUAUCUAAACAGAGAACAACAUGGAUCUGCAAUACAUAAUAGACUAUUCAAUUAUUCUCGACUAUUCAAGAAAAACACUGUAAGUAGUAAUACUCUGAUGUUCAAUAAAUUGUGAUUUAUUUUAAACGUAUCCGAGCUUUGUAUCUAUAUAGUAGUGUGAUGUAUGUAUAAGCGUGUGUAGACGAUGGACUAUUAUUCUCAUUCACAUCUAUACGUAUUCUAAGAAAGAGUCUCCCAACAUCAAUAUCAAAACAGUGUUUUUAAACCACAACACAUUACUAGCUAAUUAAAGCGCACUGUACAGAUAAAGGACAAUUAUGUGCUAGGCAGUUUAACUGCCGAAACAAAUGAUAUUUAUGCAAACAUAUACGUAUUUUUUGAAAUUUAAAUGUCGAGCAGAAAAAUAAAUUGGCUUUAUAAAUAUGUAUUCUUCAUUUUGUGAAAAAAGAUCUCAAUUUUUUACAAAUGCCCGCUAGCGAGAAUUAAAAUAACCAAAAUGGAAUUAAAAUGAGAUCGAAAAAAAUUCAGUGACUGUAGAAUUACACAAUUCUAAAUUUUGAAAAAUACAGUUUCACUACAUUACGGAGAUCAUCAUUGCAACUUUAUAAAAUACACUUUGGAUUUUUACGAUAGUUUUAUUGAUUCCUUUUUAAUUCAGAUAUUUUUAUCACAUGAUUAAUAUUUUUCGGAAAACCUAUAAAAAUACAUAUGAAUUUGAAUAUCGUAUUUUUCACAUUGAAUGAAUUUAAUAAUUAAUAUAUAAUAUAUUUUAUGCAAUAUUUGUAGUAUAUUUAAGGCCUUUUAAGCAAUUGUGUUAUAUAGCCGUUCUAAUCACGAAUGCGUAUGCUAUUGCCCGGAAUGUCGAUUUCAUUUAGUACUUCAUUUAUUCAUCCAGUACUUUAGCUUGGGACAAAUAAAAGUGUCUCAUCAGAGUGCUCUCAAGUAGAAAAUUUUCUCUUCGAAUAAAACUGCAAUGAUUUACGACUAUUACGUAUCACGAGCGUUUACGAAUCGCACAAUUUGAUCCUUUAUCAUGCCAUAAAUUACAAGCCAAAGCUUCAAAUCUCAUUCGAAAAGAUAAAAAUUAUCAAAAAAAAUCUUCAUUUUUUUCACAAAUACAGCUUUAAAUAUAAGUUUUACGUUCUUUUUAAAGCGCAAGCGUUCUAAAGUUUAUAUUAGGUCAGAUAAUUCUUUCGUGUUAAUCCAUUUAUUAUAAUUAAUUUUGUUAUAUGUGCUUUUCGCGUUUCGAUAUCCAUUUAUAUCGUAACAUUAUUACGUUACGAUAAAGUUUCUAUCUCGCGUUUUUUCGCUUUUUAUUUGCGGUGACUUGAGAAAAUCGCUUAACUCCUUCAGAAAUCGUUCUCAUAUACGCUUUCCUGCUUCGAUCGAUACUUAGAUAGCACUUCAUAUUAUUGGAACUCUUGUGCGACUGACGAUACUUUCUAUAGCAUUUCCGUGAAAUAUGUUUUCUAUAAAAACGUAUAUUUACAAAUAAGCUCUAAAUCAGUUUCAACCGCGCUGUCCUUUCAUAUAGUUUUUUAAAAUCCUUAUUGUUAGAAUAUAUCCAAAAGGAGAGAAAAUAUGAAAUAUUAAAGUCAGAAAAAAGAAAUGUUUUAAUUAUUUGAAAAAAAUGAAUGACACACGCAUACAGAUUAAGAUGUGCAAAUACCAUCUUUUAAAUCGUAAAUCGACUUUGAAAUAAAAUUGUAAUACUUGAGUGCACAUAAAUAAAGAUUCUCGUUUCUUCGACAAAACGCUAUAAAAUAUCUAACGUGAUAUUAAGGAAGACGUAAUUUUCGACAACAAAUUUCCAAAGUGCAAGUUGCGUUUGUUAACGCAAUGAAUUAAGUGAAAAUGUAAAGUUUUACGAACAUUUUUACACCUAAUAAGAGGCGUCGAGAAUUGAGAACAACUUUAAACACGUAAUUUUUACUGUAGACGGGUUUCUUUUUUGCACGAACGCCGGAUAUGUCCAAACGACUUUUUCUAUAGCGUAGAUGUAUACUCUCACUAGAGAUAACUUGGACUUCAUCAGUGCAUGUACGUAAUUAAUGGAGUACUUUAGCUACGUAAUCUCGAGGCUACGAUUCAUUCAGUAUAACGUGUAAGAAUUGACCAAAUUCUAGAAUAUAUUUCUGAACUAAGAUUAUACUCGAGCUUCGAUCUAAAUCGACGUCUAGAGAAACUAUUAUAUAUAGAAUAAUGGGGAUAUUUGUUAUUAGAGCAGAAAAUUUUUCCGAAGCCUUGUUCUUCAAAGAUCGAGAAAUUUUACGUAAUUAUAUAAAAAUAUUUGUUGAAAACUAAAAGUUUACGACGAAUGAUAACUGUCUGCCCCCCUCUAUAAAAACUAAUUUUAAAUUUGCCAUAUGCCGUUGCGAAAAUGUUUCUCAUAGAAGAGAAAUAUAUAAACAUAUUACGAUUCGAAAAAGAGACCACCGUGGUCAAUAUAUGUAGCUUCGAGGAACUUUAUGUGUUAGAAAGUUAUAUAUAUUGUUAUGACGUGAAUAAAAAAAAUAUUGUGUAGAUAACGCGUUAGAGAGAUCUGGUAUAAAUGCGAAGCGGCCGAUUGUCAAUCGACAAUGAAACGAUAAAAAUGGGAAUAAACUUCACACGCACUCACACACAUAACGUAUAUUAUCUCUGUCUUAUUUUUUAAAAUAUACGAUGGUCAAUGCACGGUUUAUUCGCCUUCAGAUAUCAAAAAAAGAGACGUGAUUAUUGACACUCGUUUUCUCGUCCAAUAUAUGUAUUUACAGCCGAUGUAAAUAUCAUUAUAAUGUGAAUUUUUAUCUCAAUGGUAAAUUAUUCUUGUAGAGUUAUAUUAUAAUUAUAUAUUCUAAUCCGCGAAAUGGAUUAGAAAAAAAGUUUAUUUAACUCAUCAAGAGUUAAUUUAUUCAGGAGUAAAUAUUUUUAAUCUUCAUUAUUGCAUAUCUACUCAAAUAAUUAAAAAUUUGCAUUUAUAUAAUCGUUAUAAUAUCCGCGUGUAACUGUGUGAAUAACAAAUAGUUUCUGUAAUUCGAUUUGUAUCAAUCGAGAUAAUGAAAAAGACCCGGUCGUUACUGGCAGAAUUAUUAAUUAAUUCCAAUGGACUGUCCGUGUUGAAGAGGCUUAACACGAUCGGUAAAUCUUGCACAUGAAUGUUCCUCGCGCGUAAAAUCCAUUAUCGUGAACUUUAGACAUAUGUAUUUUAUAAUUGUUGGAGAAAAAAAGAGAGCUCCACACACCUGCAAAGCGCACACACACAGCGCUUAUUUUACAUAUUUUAAAUAUAGUAUUAUUGUAUUUAACGCGCGCGGCAUUUUGUGCGUACGUACGAUUGUAUACACUUGAUAGUUCGUAUUUCUAUCGAAAGUAGAAGAAAUGCCGUGCGAUAUUACAUCUGCAAAUGACCAACUUGAUAGAUCGCUAUAUGUAUUAAUGACGUACUAUUUCUUCAUUUGUGCAUUUGUAAUGAAUAAACUGUUAUAUCGUACCAAAUUUUUCUACCACGCUUCCUUAUCCUUCAAUUUAUUAAAUUGAAUGUAUAUUGGAUAGUAAAAACGCCUUUUAAAAAUCAUUAAUCAAAGAAAAAUCAUCAUCAAAAAAUUAAAUAACUUUAAAUUACUCUGUCAUCCUGUGACAUUCAGAAUACAGAAAACUUUAUUCAAAAGUUGGUUAAUUUUUAAUUAUUAGAGGAAUUUUCAUGGGAGAAUUUAUCAAACAAAUAUAUCUUAUAUAUGUCUGGAAAUGGAAUAUGUGAUAGUGAAAGAAAUACGUAACGAAGACAUUUUCAAGUCAGUGUGAUAUACAGCUUUGUACAUUUAUUUUGUAAAUCAUUAUUUCCAAAUGAUAGUAAUAAUAAUGCUACCAAUAAUAUUAAUAUAAUAAUUAUAUAUAUUUUGGUGAUGCCAUAACACCUGACAAUUGACCAUGUCUAUCUAAGUAAUGUACAACGCUUAAUAACGAAUAAGAGAUUAGUACCAAUUCUCGUACACUUAACUAUCGCAGGAACUCUCGUGGUGAAUGAAACAAAAGAGUAUAUUGUGUGCGAGCUGCCUUUAAUUGGCUCUUCUUAUUAGCCCCUAUCGUUUCGUGCCCUUAUUCCAUUAUACUACUGACUGUAGCUCCCGCCGUAAGACGGAAUAAAAAAUAUACGAAAAACGCAUUAAGCUUCUGUCUGUAUGUUGAACGCACAUAU